GUAGUCAACCCUGCACUUCUCAGUAUUCUUUCAUAGAGCGCCUGUAAAAUGCAACUAAAAGUGCAUAAAUCCUUAUGAAUGCUGCUUAAAAUAUUGCAGCAGAGUUGUAGCUAAGUGUACAUACAGUAAUUUUGUACAUACAAAAGGAUCUCAGCACUACUCCCUAUAUCUGCACAAGCUGUCAGAUCACAUUUGAAAAUACUUUGAAGAACAGUAAUGGAAUUUUAUUAUAAAAUCUAAUGAAACACUUUCUAAAAGACAAAAUGUUCAAGAAAACGCCCUUGUAUUUUGUCUAUCUGUAAUAGUCCUGAACUCCUGGUUUAGAUAGUGCACUAUGGCAGCAAAUACUGUGGGAGAAUUACAUACGCUUAAAUGGAAUAAUUUCUUGAACAGCCUAACAGAUGGAUUUGUUUCUCAUCUAGCUGGAAAUGAUUUGGUGGAUGUCACACUUCUAGUUGAUGGUAAAAUUCUUCAGGCACACAAACUUGUACUCUCUAUAUGCAGUCCAUACUUCAAAACUGUUUUUAAGACAAAUCCUUGUCAACAUCCAGUGAUUAUUCUAAAAGACAUGUCAUUUGCACAUGUGAAUGUCUUAGUAAAUUUUAUGUAUCAAGGAGAAGUUGAUAUAAAAGUGGAUGAUCUUCCAGAUAUAUUGAGAGCUGCACAAAAUUUACAGAUCACAGGACUCUGUGAACAUGGUGAUUUUAAUUUAAUUUCACAGAAUACAGAUGAAAAUUCAUCCAAUCAGGACUUAGAUGAAUCUAAUGCAACGUGCCUUGUCAUUAACGAUGCUCAUUCCAAGAUUGGUGCAACAGAAUCAAAAACUAAGUUAAGAAAUGGCCAACAAAUAACUGCAUCGUUAGAAGAUAUAGGAAUGUGCCUUGAUCGUGAUAAAACGUCCAUGCCUUCAGAUGAAAAUGUGAUUAAACCAAAUGAUUCUAAAAGUUCGAAUACUAGUUAUAAGCGUUUAAUCAAUUUGGAAGUUGAAAUGUCUAUGAAAAGAGGGAGAAGAUCUCCACCACCAUUAAUAGGCAUAGAUGAUCCACAGACACCAUCUUUGAACUCAGUAUUAGAAGUAUUGCAGGACCAGCAGGGCAAUUUUACCCCAAUAUCAAUAGAAGACUCUAUAAAAAAUGAGAAUGUAACUUAUAACGAAGAAGCUGAUUCAAAGAGGACAGUCCAGACGAACAACUCCGGCCUUCCAUCAUGUAGCAAAUUCAUACCACUGCAAUCAGAACAGCUAACACGACAAGUUGUGGAGCCGGUCAUAUACAGACUGUCUGCCAGAGGUCGGCCCCAGCUCGUGCACGAGGGUUACGUUUACAAUCUAACGUCCCGUUCGGAACACCUUAAUCGUUCCCAUUAUCGUUGUGCAGAACAACAUCGUGGAUGUCGUGGCAAAUGUGCUGUAAUAGCUGAAAGGUUUAUGCCGACUGGAGUCAACGAACAUAAUCAUCCGCCUGGCUAUCAAUCAGAACAUGAUUAUAGGAAAAAGAAGGGACUGGAUACCGAUACUAUGUAAAUGGAUAACUAAAUGUUCUAUAUUAUCGUAUCGAUACUCUUUUUUCCUGCAAAAUAACGUCUGUCGUUCAUGUUAUCAGUUUAUUUAAUCAUUCUUAAUGUAGCUUAUUUUUCUUUCUAAAUGAUAUAUCAUUUAAGUCAUAGUGAUAUAGAUCCAGACAACAUAUGUCUAAUAGUCAUCUUCAAGAUAUCUUAAAGACAGCUUCUGUGCCAUUAGACGCCUUAAAGACGACUCUUGGACAUUAUGUGUUGUCAAGGCGAGAUAUUAUACAGCAUUGAUUAUAUGUACUACUGAUACAUUCCAGAGCAAUCAAUUAUUCAGAGAUUUUUUAUGAUUUGUUAAAUAAUUUUAUUGAUGCUAGGCUCAAAUACAAUCGCCCAGUUGCUUUAACGUGAUACUUGUUCAAGAAAUCAAGAAUAAAUAUAUUUAUUUUAAUUGUUAAAUCAUUUAUUAACAUGUUGCUGAUUGUUUGUAUAGGCACAUAAAGAUAUUCUUUUCAUUGUAUGAAGUUACGGGGAAAAAAUGAAGCUUGUAUCAUCGACUAUUUUA